AUCUACUGGUUCCCCAUCAUCAUGGAGGCUUCUCUUGCCGUCUGCAUCCUCGCUGCCCUCCUGGCUAUAGGGACCUGUCUGCAGUGUGAGGUUUGCGCUGGAGCAGGAAACAACUGCACGGGCGACAUGCAGACCUGCGCCGCUGGGCAAGACUCUUGUGGCAUCUUACUUACCGAAGUCAUAGUGGUGGGAAUUAAGAGACAGAGCGUUCACAAGGGCUGCGUGACGUCCAGCCAAUGUAAAGCCGACCUCGUCUCUAUGAAUUUUGGGAAUGAAAUGACAACAAGGACGAGCGUCACCUGCUGCGUGGGAGACGCCUGCAGAACUGACAACGUUACGUUGCCCCCGGCUGACACCAAACCCAACGGCCGGAGCUGCCGUGGCUGCUACGCUGUGUCCACUGAUCACUGCCGUGAACAGACCAUAGCGUGUACUGGAAACGAGACCCAAUGUAUUAACGACACCGGGACCAUAAUGAUUGGUGGAAAGCCAACGGAGAUGGUCAUGAAGGGCUGCGUUUCUGCAUCCGUGUGCCCCCACUUAAAAGUGGGUUCGUCGGACUUCACAGGGAUCAGCUUCAAUCUAACCAUGAACAAAUGCACAGAGGCUUCCGAUGCGGCAGGCAUUGCUCCGGGACAAGCCGGGCUCCUCCUCACAGCCCUCGCUGGGCUCCUCCUGAUGAAGCUACUCUCCUGA